AUGGAAAGAUUGGAAAAAUCUAAAGAACUAAUUGGAAGGCUUGAAGAAGCCAUUAACUUAAAAGACAAUAACGCUGCUAGUUAUUGUAUACAAGAACUAAUCAGAUGGGGAAUCAAAGUUUCAAUAUCUCCUUCAUUUUACGAAAAAUGCUCAUCUCAUAUCUAUAUUUACCCUGGUUCCGAAAAUCUUUAUUCCCCUGAAUUUUUAUAUUCCCCUUUCAUUUGCGAUCGGUCUCAUCAUAUUUGCUAUUAUUGCUUACAAAAACAUAUUUCAUCUAUUUUCCUAUCAAGAGGCUUAAAUUUUCGUUAUGAAUGUCCUGCAUGUGAAAAUCAAGAAUUUAGAAAUAGUCGGUUUUUUGCUAACUCCCCCCCCCCCCCUCCGUGAGCGAACAAAACCAUUAGAAAAAUCGCCAUUUUUUGACCAAAAACCCACCCUCCGUGAGUGAACAAAAAUUUUUUAAUAGAAAAAAUUUUAAUGGAAAAAAAUUUGGAUAUAUAAGUGAUAAUUAGUAUAAUGAAAUCUAGAGCUAAUUCUGUUUAAUUUUAAACAAAUUGCGUUUUAAAACAUAAAUUUUGCAAAUUAAAUUAAUAUUUGCUUCCCAAUUUUUGCAAAUUAGGAUUUUUUUAAAUUUCGAAAAAAAUAUUUUUUUAUAAAAUUUUAUAUAUAAUUUUUUUUAAAAAAAAAAAAUUAACCCCCCUCCGUGAGCGAAAAAAAAUUUUUUGUUCGCUCACGGAGGGGGGGGGGGGGAGUAAGGAGAAACAGUAUGAAGGCCUGAUGCAAUUAGUAGGAAUAGAAAUGAUACAAGAAUGGGAAAGACGAAAUUUUAUUAAACCUGAAGAUGAAGAGCCAGAGAUUCCUUUUCUUCAAACAUGUGAGAAUUGUUCAUUUGGUUAUUCAGAUUUAUCCUGUUUUCUACACAAUAUAAGAUUAAUAUUUUUAUAUUCUAUUAAUAAGCAUAUUUAAUUAAUUCAGCAUACACAAAAUUUGCCUUGAUAAUCAUAAAGUUUGCAAUUUCUGUCUUAUAAACAAUAUAAAUAGCACAGCUGAUGAUGGGAAAUUCGUAUGCAAAGUAAAUGGGUGCAAAAAAGCUAUAUACCAUGACCUUGUUAAUAUAAAUUAAAAUGGCAACGCAUGCCAGCCUGCCCUCUUGGUGCAGCAGUCCCAACUUUAUGGCUACGCGUAUUGGGAUGGACUCCAAGCUGAGAAUCAAGUGCAGGCUCAAGUGAUGUGUAUCCGGAUAGGUUUUGGCUGCUUUCCUGUGGUUGAAAUGGAGGUGCUCAGAAACUUCAUUUGGAGGAUCCAUGGGCAUUUCUAGGCCGAGAAACUGGGGAUUUCAGCCCAGGCACAGUUUCCUUGUAGCUGUUGAAGUAAGGCAUGUCGAUACCCAACAGACUCAAGGAUCCAUGAAAUCAAGCUGCUCCAAUCGCCCGUAACAGGGCCGCAGAAAUCCAUAAGCCGCCCACUCAAAACUGAAGCCUCAAGGCAAGGAGGAUACAGAAGGUACCGGAAAGGGUACUCGUAUGAGGGAGGCCCUCUGGGCUGAACGCGAAAAGCGGUAGCACUCCUGCACAUGGGGUCUUUACGGCUGCGUCACCAAUAUAACCCGUUCCCGGCUAUAUGGCUAGCGUCUGACUUUUAAUAAUCCGAAUCAUAAUCCAUGAAAUUGUUAAAGCUUUUAUAGAAAUAGACCAAAACUUAAUUCAGAAAUUUUGGAAAAAAUUAAAAUUGAAUGGAAAAAAAUGCUCAUUCUGCCCUAAUUGCAAAAUAAAUAUUGAACUUGACAAAAAAAAGACUGAAGAGCUAUGUGUUUGUGGAGCAAAAAUAUGUGUCAGAUGCACACAAACUUUACAUGAUGGCUUAUCAUGUUAUAAUGUCGCAGGACUGACACUAAAUGAUCCGCCAUUUAUAGAUAUUUACCCACCACCUAGAGAUUUUUCAGAUUACGAAUAUUUGCAUGAAGAAUACGAAAAUGCUAAAUUUGCUUUUGAAACAUUUGUAAGGGCAGCUAAUUUAAAAAUGACACAAGUAAAAUUAGUCGUUAAUCCAGCACUAGAACAAAAAUUUGAAGCAAAAAAGAAACAGCUUGGGUGUAAAGAAGAAUAUGUUUUUCACGGAUCAAAUUAUGUGAAUUAUGCAAAAAUAUGCAGUGGAGGAUUUAUUAUAGGCGGAACUAAUGGGCUUGCAGUAGCUCAUGGGACAGCUGCUGGGUAUGGAGUUUACACUGGCCUCACACCUGAUAUAUCAGCUGGAUAUGCGCAGGGAAAAACAUGAAUGCUGUGCUGUAGGGCUGUAAGAGGAAUCUGUGGGGCGCCUGCUAGGACUGUGCAAGAAUUAACAGCUGGAAACCGUCAUUCUACGCAAAAUGGUGACGCAUUAAUAUUUUUUUCUGCUGAUCAAGUGCUGCCUAAAUAUUUAGUCGAGUUUACUCAAAGAUAG